AUGGCACCAGCACGCUCUUCCACAAACCGCGCAAGGCGCGACAACUCCCAACAUGCUCCCCAGUCCCAGAACGGCUCUUCCCCAGCUGACGACGCAAAUACUAGUGAUGACCUUUUCUUGGACCCCCUGAUGGGCACGCCCCUCGCUAUCUACGUAGAAAAGGAUGUCGACAACCGGGACGAGAUCGUUGAGCUCAUAACGAAACAUGGUGGCGUCGUCUCCCCAGGAUACAGCGGUGUAGCAUAUAUUCUAGUGGAUCCCUACAAGGAAUCUGGUCAGAGCCUAUACCGUCAAUAUGUUGGAAAGAAGGGCAAACUUGUUCUCAAUGCUCAAUGGGUCAUUCGGUGCGUGGAAGCCGGGGCCCUUCAAACGUACCACACCAAUUUCGGUGAUUGCAAAGUGACCGGCACUGAGCAAAUCACUCCUAUCGUUAAUCCACCGCCCCAACCGGAACCGGGACCGUCUAUGCAACACGUGCCUCCACUACAACCUCAUGAGGAGAUGGUCCAUCAAAUUCCGCCGGAUCAGAUUCUCCAGCAACCUCCUCAGCAUCAUACGCCCCUUCCGCCACCCCCAUCUGUCCAUGGCCAGCCUCUGCCGCCACCUCCUAUGCCAAUGGGACAUCCCGCCCCGAUUGUCGCCCACUCCAGCUCAUUCCCAUACCCUGUAUAUGGUGCACCGAUGGACGUUGCGCCACGCGCCAUGGAACCUCCUACACCUGGCCCACCACAGACUUGGCAAGCGGCGAACGGUAUCGCACCUUCGCAGACGCACCUCGCUCCUCCGCCUCCUCCACCCCCGCCACCACCUCCCCCGCAGCCCGAACACCAUAUGAUGGAGCGUCAUCCUGGAUAUGAGGAGCAGCCGCCAUGGCACGGUGCAUAUCAUCCCAUGCAGCCGCCUCCGCCUGGCAUCGUGCCGCCACCUCCAGAUUAUGCGUAUCGUUACCGGGAUGACGAGAGCCAAGGUUGGGUACCGGGCCCAGACGGUUAUUAUGCGUCUGAUAUUUUACCCCCUUGCCAGUAUGAACAUCCGUAUUCGGAUACUCCUGACCAGUAUAUGGAGGAUGCGGGCCCUUCGACCGUCGGCACGGAGAUGCCUGGGACGGAGCCUGAGAAGGUACCUAGAGGUCGUAAGCGGGCGAAGUUUCAGCCCGCUCCGCCCGCCUCAACACUUGUCGCAAACCGUCGCAACCCUCCCGCGCGGUCACCGACGCCUCCCACUCGAGUCAUCAAGAGCACGUAUGGCGGUAAUUUGUUCACGUCGGAUGAUAUUCUGUACUUGAAGCGGUACAUCGAUUACUGUCAAGAACAAGGACUGGUACUAAGCCUGCGCGAAAUAUGCGAACGAAUAGCCAUCAAGGCGCCACAUCACACGUUCUACUCCUGGCGGCGGUAUUGUAACAAACACAAGAUCCGCCUGGGAGGAUACGCCAUGGAUGUCGGCGAUGAGGGCGAAGAGCAGGCUCCUCCUGGAAUGCCCGUGGAGAGUGAGGCUGGUCCUAGUGACCAGUCCCAAGCGGACGGCGGACAGGAGACGCAACCUGUACCUGUGAGCCACGGACCUGGAGCUAUACCUGCUGCACAUCGAGCAGCAGCCGCGGAUGUCGGACGGACACGAUCGCCAACGCCGCCAAGAGCCCUAUACCGUAGUACAACUGGAAAAGGCGUCGCCUUCACGGAUGAGGACGUCAUAUUCCUUGUGCGCUUCCUGGAGUAUCGGACUCGACAGCACGAGAACAAGCUAGACAUGGUUCAGUUCUGGAAGGAAGUGGCUGCGAAGGCACCCCACCAUUCCCGUGCGUCUUGGAUGAAGUUCUAUAGGAGGCAUAAGCACGAGUUGCACCAUGUACCCGGAGACGAACCACUUCCUGCCCCACCGGAGAAGAAGAUGCGGUAUAGUAAGAAGGACGACAUCCUUCUCGCGCAGUACUUCUUCAAUAAGCCUGAAGGCACAUCCGACAAGAUCUUCCAGGCCUUUGGACGGCAGUAUCCGCACCAUCCGUGGAAGGGCUGGCAGGAGCACCAUCGAAUACACAAGGUCAAGAUCGACCACCUCAUGCAGCGACUGGCCAGGGGCGAGAAUAUCGAUGACGGUUCGGAGCAGUAG